AUGAAGUACAGCUCCACCAUCCUCUUCGCGGCUUUCGCUGCCACCAACGUCCUCGCCCACGGUGUCAUCGACAGCGUUCAGGGCGCUAACGGCGUCAACCUUCCCGGUCUCUCUUUGAUCGACGGCACACCUCGCGAUUGCGCGUCUCCCCGCUGUGGCUCCGAGGCCGACACCUCCAUCAUCCGUGACCGCGAGUUGGGCACCAACAGGGCUUCCGCGCUCGGCCGUACCCAGGGCGGUGGUCCCGUCGAUGCUGCCGCGAUGAUCCAGAACUUCAUGGACGGCGCUGCUGGCAACACGACCGCUGCCAAGGAGGCCCGCGCCGUCCACGAGGAAAUGAUGGCUCGUCGCAACAUCGCCGCUCGCCAGAACGGCGGCGGUUCCAAGACCCCCAAGGGCACCGUCGAGACCGGCGUCAAGGCCGCCACUGGCAUGGCCGCCAGCGGAGGCCUGCCCACGACCGCUGACGACGGAACCCUCAAGAUGACCUUCCACCAGGUCAACCAAGAUGGUGCCGGUCCUCUCCUGGCUGACGUCGACGCCACCUCGGGCGGUACCGAUCCCAGCGCCUUCAAGAAGGCCGAGGUCACCCAGAACGUCCCCGGUAUCGGUUUCGGCGGCCUCUCGGGCGCCUCCACCAUGGACUUCCCCGUCGCCAUCAAGAUGCCCGCCGGCAUGACAUGCCAGGCCAACGUCGGCGGCGCCAGCAACGUCUGCGUCGCCCGUCUUCGCAACGCCGCCCUCGCCGGCCCGUUCGGCGGCUCCGUCGCCUUCACUCAGUCGGCGACCGCCCGCAAGCGUGCCAUUGAGUUCAACCUUCGCAAGCGCACCGAGACACGCGAGGCACGCGCUUUCAAGGCCUAA